GUCUUCUUGCCUCUCCAGCGCCCGGGGUAGCCCAGGCCGAGGAGAGAGCGGCAGAGAUUCCGGCCUCGCAGGGUGGUUGCCGGCUUUCCACCAGGCUUGCUGAGACGCUGCCUGCCUCCUACACUUCGUCCACGGUCUUUGCCCUGCGGCAGGUGCUCCGCUCAAGAUGAAUCUCAACUUCACCUCUCCUCUACACCCGGCGUCUUCGCAGAGGCCCACAUCCUUCUUCAUCGAGGACAUCCUGCUGCACAAGCCCAAGCCGCUGAGGGAGGUGGCCCCCGACCAUUUUGCCAGCUCUCUGGCCUCUCGGGUACCUCUGCUAGACUAUGGCUACCCCCUCAUGCCCACACCCACCCUCCUGGCUCCUCACGCCCACCACCCUCUGCAUAAGGGAGACCACCAUCACCCUUAUUUCCUCACCACCUCGGGGAUGCCGGUCCCUGCGCUGUUCCCGCACCCGCAGCACGCGGAGCUGCCGGGGAAGCACUGCCGCCGCCGCAAAGCUCGCACGGUUUUCUCUGACUCGCAGCUCUCGGGCCUGGAGAAGAGGUUCGAGAUCCAGCGAUACCUGUCCACGCCGGAGCGGGUGGAGCUGGCUACGGCCCUCAGCCUGUCCGAGACGCAGGUGAAAACGUGGUUCCAGAACCGGCGGAUGAAGCAUAAAAAACAGCUGCGGAAAAGUCAAGACGAACCUAAAGCACCAGACGGGCCCGAGAGCCCCGAGGGCAGCCCCCGCGGCCCAGAGGCCGCUGCUGCCGAGGCUCGGCUGAGCCUGCCCGCCGGCCCCUUCGUGCUAACCGAGCCAGAGGACGAGGUGGACAUUGGGGACGAGGGGGAGCUCGGCUCCGGGCCGCACGUGCUCUGAGCCGCCAGGCUGGGGAGGGUUGGCGGGGGAGGAGACCGCGGGGCCCGGCGUGGUUCUCUCCCGGACGGGAAGACUC